CAAUAUUUGUGUUGUUUGAGUAGCAGAGAAUAUAAGAAAGACACUUUCCUAGCAAAGUCUCUGGAUUUUGGUGAUGGAUAAGUUUUGCAUAAGAUGCUCUGAACCGCUUCUGUCUCUUACACUCUCCAUUUUUGGAAGGACUGCAAAUCCUUUCGUACCCAUGAACCACUCGAGUUUUGACAUUUCAGAAGCACAAGUCAUUGAUAAUUACAGUUCUUGGUUUAAUAGCAAAAAUGGUUUUACUGGCACUGGUGAAGAAUCGGCUUCCUUGUUCCAUAUGCCCCACCUUUAUCCCGUUCCCGAUCUACCAUAAGACAGCUUAUCAGGUACAGCAUGGGAAGCUUUCUGAAUAUGAUUCUUGCUUUAGGGGCUACUGGGGAGACGAUCUCUUCUCUUGUAAGUACGCUACAGAUGAUGAUGAUGAUGAUGAUGGAUGCAAUGACACCAGGGCAAGGACCAAACACGAAGACUCAAACCAAAGUGAAGACCAGUACCGAAGUUAUACCAGUUACUGUGAGGGUGAAUUUGGUCAGCCUGACUGUAAUUAUUAUAACCCUUGGUCUUACAAACUAUUUUGUGAAGAUGAUGAUUCCGACAGCCAGUAUAAUGGAGAUGAAACAAGUUCCACAUAUGGCCACCACAUGGACGACGUGGGACUUUUCAAAGGUAUCUUUGGUUCUUUCCCUUGUUUACGACAAUAUGCAGGGAUAAACCAGUGAACACAGUAGAAACUUUACCAGCAAGUAAGCAUGCAACUCUGUUCUAUGAUUGUUUGCACCACUUACCAUUAAUAGAUUCAGUUUUAGUAGUUUAAUCUUAAUCUUGGUUGUAACAAAAGCUGGUGCUUCCGAAAUUUAAUCAUAUCAAAGAAGAAAAACAUGUAGGUUACAUAUAUUUUACAACUUCUCAUAGCAAAAGAGAAGUGAGAAUUAUUGAAAA